GAAUCUUUGACCAUGCCGACGUCAUACGUACGCUGAGCGUUCUCGCUUCUGAUUGGCUUAGAGGUUAACUCCUUUACGGCUGCUCGGAAAACACCUUGUUGCAGAAGGAACGAACAUGGAGACAGCUGGAAAAGUGAUCAAGUGCAAGGCUGCUGUUGCAUGGGAAGCAGGAAAGCCUCUCUCCAUUGAGGAGGUGGAGGUAGCCCCACCUAAGGCCCAUGAAGUUCGCAUUAAGAUUCUUGCUACAGGGGUGUGUCACACUGAUGCUUACACUCUGAGUGGCAGUGACCCUGAGGGACUUUUCCCUGUCAUCCUCGGACAUGAGGGUGCUGGAACUGUGGAGAGUGUUGGUGAGGGUGUCACUAAGUUCAAGCCAGGUGACACCGUCAUCCCUUUAUAUGUGCCUCAGUGUGGUGAAUGCAAAUUCUGCAAAAACCCCAAGACCAACCUCUGCCAGAAAAUUAGAAUAACCCAGGGUCAAGGGCUGCUCCCUGACAAGACGUCACGCUUCACCUGCAAAGGAAAGCAAGUGUUCCACUUCAUGGGGACCAGCACCUUCUCUGAGUUCACGGUGGUGGCUGACAUCUCACUGGCCAAGGUUAAUGAGAAAGCUCCGCUGGAUAAAGUGUGCCUUCUUGGAUGUGGUAUUUCUACAGGUUAUGGUGCUGCUCUGAACACUGCCAAGGUUGAGCCUGGUUCUACAUGUGCUGUAUUCGGACUUGGAGCUGUCGGGUUGGCUGUCAUUAUGGGCUGCAAGGCUGCUGGAGCCACCAGAAUCAUCGGUGUGGACAUCAACCCCGACAAGUUCGAGAAGGCCAAAGAGUUUGGAGCCACAGAAGUUGUGAACCCAAAGGACCACAGCAAGCCCAUCCAGGAGGUUCUGGUGGAGAUGACUGAUGGUGGUGUGGACUACUCAUUUGAGUGCAUUGGAAAUGUGCAAAUCAUGAGAGCUGCUCUGGAAGCAUGUCACAAAGGUUGGGGUGAAAGUGUCAUCAUUGGUGUAGCUGGAGCAGGACAGGAAAUCUCCACCAGACCAUUCCAGCUGGUGACAGGCAGAGUGUGGAGAGGCACAGCGUUCGGAGGCUGGAAGAGUGUGGAGAGUGUACCUAAACUGGUGGAAGAUUACAUGAAUAAAAAGAUGAAGGUGGAUGAGUUUGUGACUCACACUCUUCCCUUUGAGGAGAUCAAUGAAGCCUUUGACCUCAUGCAUGCUGGAAAGAGCAUCCGGAGCGUUCUGACCUUCUGAUCUGCCUAAAACAUCCGUCACAUCCAGCCUUAAAGCAGCCUCCAACCAUAGUUCCAGCAUUUACUUCUCUGCACUUCCUUUGAUACAAGACCCAGUGUUUAGAAGAAGCUCUUUAAAAGCAGAACAUCUUUUUGAAACUCUGUUAAUAAAACCUUAUUAGAAAAUCUU